AUGCCCCCUUUCCAGAAUCUAGCACCUUUCGGCUCCUCGAGACCAACGCUGGUCACGGCUCUGCACUCCCAAGUCCGUCAAGAGGCAGAGUAUAUUCAGGAUCGUAUAAGUGCCGCAGAGUGCCUUGACAGAAAGUUGACUGCAGAGAUAGCAAAGGCACAAGCGAAACUAGGGGAAGUGCGGAAAACUGAGGGUUCCCGGGAGUUGGCCAAGUCUUUGAAAAGGAUCAUCAGAAAGAAGAGAUCACGCCUGAACAGAUGCGUGAAGAAUCGACAGGCUUUCGAGGCCAGACUGGCCACUAUCUUUGCAGACAUGGAAAGAAUGGAACAACGUCAAUGGCGCCACAGCUCUCCUAACCUCCACAAUUUUGGAAUGUCGUUCACUGGGGACAAAUUGCCCAGCUGGACCGCACACUUGUCCGGCCCUUCUGCGCAGACUCUCAACGCUCCAACGCUUCAAACGCAAUACAUUCAAUUGCCACAACCCCUGAAUCACUCUGUUUCGAUUCAUGUUCCCCAGACACCAGUCAUACGCCCAACACAGUCAGGAUUCGGGCAUACACCCCAGGAAUACUACGGGGUUGCUGAAGCUGGCAGUGGACCCGGAAUCAGCCCUACUGAUACAGUUUCUCCUUACGAAUUGAGUUCCCCGAAAGGCCUUCCCGUCACUUACAUUCCUGCUGCCCACCAAGUCCACGUGCUUGACGCGAUGAAUCAGAUGCACAUCUCUCAGCCACAUGAAUCCUACGUACAGACUUCGAGCAUACCGACCACAGCGAUCGGGCAGAAUAUUGAUUUGUUGCAGCGUCCCAGCAUGCUUGAUCACCAGAGUGCGGCGUUUCGACUCGAGAGAGCAGCCAGAAAGCGCAAAGGCCAGCGGUCCUGCUAG